AUGCGCGCCUCACAGUUUAUUCUCCUUUCUACAUUAUCCCCUCUCGCCUUGGGAAAGUUAUGUCCCAUCCAAGGACCUGCCUUCCCAACCCCUAAGGAUGUUACCAGCAGCUCAAUUUUCACACAGGCCAAGAACCAGCUGCUCAGCACUCUCGAAAAGGCAACCCAUGCAUCAAAUAUAACUGAAGUAUUAGGGGUCGACCCGGAUUCAAUCUCGUUCAGUCUCCAGGUUUUCAACACGAAGAACGAUCAGCCAUUGCUUGAAUACUACCAUACUGCUCCCUCGAUUCAAAAUAGCACAGUGGGCGUGAGAGAAGUUGACGCGGACACCGUAUUCCGAAUUGGCAGUGUAUCCAAGCUAUGGACGGUCUUAAUGCUUCUGAUUGAGAAGGGUGAUGCGUCUUUUAGCGAGCCUGUUGCGAAAUACGUCCCGGAGCUGCGUGACGCCGCAAUAGAGCUCAGGCAAAACGUUACCAUGCGAGAUGAUGAGGUUGAUCAUCUUCGCUGGGAUGAAGUCACAAUAGGGGAGCUAGCAAGUCAUAUGGCUGGGGUUAUCAGAGAAUAUGCAUCGGUCGACAUUGCAGCCCUCUCCGCCUCAGCGCCCGAAGGAUUCCCUACGCUUCCGAAGUCCGAUAUCCCACAAUGUGGUACCAAGGUCGCAUGCACUCGGUCCGAAUUCUUCGACGGCAUCCUAAAAAGCCACCCGAUACUCCAUACUAGCGCGACUCCUAUCUACUCCAACCCCAGCUUCCAGAUCCUCGGAUACGCCCUCGAAACCAUGACAAACCAAACCUACAAGUCUCUACUCGAAAGGGACUUAAUAAAGCCCCUCGGUCUGUCGCGGUCGAGCUACGACAAGCCAGAAGACGAUACAGCCAUCAUCCCAGGACCCGCCACGAGCAGCCUCUAUGGCGUAGACGCCGGCGGUGAGACUGCUGCGGGUGGCCUCUACUCCUCAGCAAGAGACAUGUCAACUGUCGGCCGAGCAAUCUUAAACAGCACACUCCUCCGUCCCUCGUUGACAAGACGAUGGAUGAAGCCCCGCGCCCACACCUCAAGUCUUGAAAUCUCCGUCGGAGCCCCAUGGGAAAUCGUCACGUUGACCAGCCCCCGCACGAUCGACUUAUAUGCCAAACAAGGUGACCUGGGAAUGUACUCCUCCAUGUUUGUCCUAUCCCCAGAACAUGACAUCGGCUUCGCAAUCCUUGCCGCAGGAGAAUCAACAACUAAGGCCGUCACCCUCAUUACAGACCUAACCAUCAAUAACCUCAUCCCAGCAAUUGAAAACGCAGCCAGAGAAGAAGCCAAGAUACAGUUCGCAGGCGAGUACUCAUCCACGAAUGCUACCAUCAAAAUCACCAUUGACGAUCAACCUGGUUUGAAAGUUACCGAAUGGACCAACGAGUCUGUGAAUAUAAUGCAGCUCCUGGUUGCGAAUCUGGGGUUGCAGAAUGUCUCAGAUCUCAGUGUUCGUUUGUAUCCCUCUGGACUUAAGGCGCCAGGGCGAGUUGGCUUCCGGGCUGCCUUUCAGGAUGUUUCUGAGGGGGAUUCGGGGAUUGGGCCUGUUACGCGGGCUUGCACGACCUGGCUUUCUGUUGAUAGUAUUAUUUAUGGGAAUGUGGGUGUUGAUGAGUUUGUGUUUGGGGUUGAUGGGAGUGGAAGAGCUGUGAGUGUUUCUCCGAGGGCUUUGCGAGUUGAGAUUCCUAGGGUUGAGGAAUAG